CCGGAUCUCUUCCUAUUCCGUACGUCCAUGACGACUUUUCUGUAUGAAUUACCGACGACAGGCGCUAUGUCAUUUGCCGAUUUUUGCAUAGAUCGCAGCCUUGGAAAGGUAUAUACGACACACAUCGCGAAUACUACUCAGAGUCGGGCCAAUCUUCGCGGGGCAUUGAAGGAAAACAAACGAACCGACGGCGAAAAGGACUACUUGAAGAUCGUUAAGAUUCUCGAUGAAUACAUACCUCAAAUCUACUCAGUAAUUGGUUGUGUAGCACACGAUGAAAUAAGCCUGCAGUUUGAGCCAGUAUUCAGCUGGCGAAGUACGCUCUCUGCGCAUGUAUUUAGUUCAUCGCCUCGUGUAUCUCUGCCGUCCUUGCACGCCGAAUACGCCUACGCAUUGCUGACCUAUGCAUUUGCCUUGUCGAAUAUGGCUAGGUUUAUUGUUUCAUCACUGGGACCAUAUGAACAUGAUCGCGCUACAUCAGACGUUGAAAGGAAGGAAAAGGACGAGAAGCUGAGCCAUGCCAUCACUUUUCUUUGCAGAGCUAGCGGUAUAUUCUCGUUCAUCAGCGAAACAGUAAUUCCUGGAUGGAGAGACAGUCGUGAUGGUGGUCUUUCAGGCCUCAACCUUCCACCAGAUUUAAGCACCGAAGUUAACGGCUCAUUGUCCAAAUUAUCCCUAGCAGACGCUCAAAGUCUUGCCAUUCGCAAACUCCUUUCAAAGUCCGCAUAUGACAGUAAUAUUACGCCAGGACCUCCACUUCCGAAGUCCCAUCCAUCUCCGGCUCUCAUAGCCAAACUCCACUUGGAAUGUGCAUCACUGUACUCGUCUACCCGAUCACUAGCCAAGAUCCCCGGUUCCACUGGUGAUACUGGAGAAGUCUCCGUGGCUCUGCGUCGAUACCUUGCUGAUGAAUAUGCGUUUCACUCUGCUCUGGCACAUAAAUGGAUUGGCGUGGACGCAGGCGAGUUUGGUGGCACAUCCAAGGGUGGAGAUGCUGUGGGGUUUCUGACCUGGGCGAAGAAGGAACUAGAGGACCUGAAAGAUGGCAGCAAAGGCAUUGGUAUCACGCGGGGUGAGAAGGAGAAGAUCGGUCGGACCUUAAGGAAAGGGAAAGUUGCGGAAGAACUAGAGCGCGUCAGCAUUUGGCUGAAGAAUUACAAGAAAGUGAAUGAUACACUUCAUUUCCAACUGGUACCUCCUCAGGCAGAUCUACAAGCACGCAUACCGGCUGGUCGAUUGGCUGUUGCGGCGAAGGCAUAUACACAGCCUUCGCCUAUUUUUGGGCCCGGUUCUACGGAAUUCGUCCAACGACGGACCGAAGAGCUCGACUUGGCUCUGGGCGAACGGAAAAGGAAGUCGUUGACGCCCGUGGAUGAUGGUUUGGCUGAGGCGUCGGUCGCAACGAGCCCAGCAUACGCAGGCGCCGGAUCCUACUUCUGAAUAAUAGGCACCGUGUUAGCUAUAAGGUUUCUGUGCUGAAUACCAUAGUAUGUAAUGUAUCAUACAAUUGUACGAUUUUCUGUGUGUAGAAGUUAGGAAACCUUGCUAUGUUUUUUUCGAU